UGAUUUUCAUUUGCCAUGGCUGUAUCAGUUGGGUGGUCUAUAUCGACACCAAAAGCAUCGAAAAUGAGUGGUACUACUCCUCCAAAUAAAAGGUUACACGAGGAGGUGGGCGGUGGCGGAGGAGGAGUUGGUGGUGGUGGUGGUGGUGGUGGUCAUAAUCACAAUAACAGCAAUAACAAUAAUAACACAUCAGGAGGAGUUGGAGGAGGAGGAGGGGGUUCUUCUUCUUCAAAAUACCAAAUUGAUGAUCCUGCUGCUUCUGCGUACCACCACUCUAGUAAUGUUGGGCCCAAGCUGGCCCCUCCGUUGGGGCCUCCAGGAGGCAAUGAGUAUCAGCAACACCACCAACACAGCCAUAGCCACAGCCAUACACAUACUCAGCCCUUCGAUCACAUGGUUGGCCAACAACAGGAUGCACGGAUACCCCCAAAGGUCCCCCGCAACGAGUCCUCCUCUAGUGAUACUCAUGCUCAUACCCAUGGUCACAGAUGGUCUCCAUUGCUUCCCAUGUACCCUCCGCCACCUCCUCCUUCUCCUCAUCAUCAUCACCACCAUCAUAGACCCUCCAAUGAAUCUUACUAUUCUGAUCAUCCGCCUUCUCUCGCUUCAGAAAACAGGUUGGAGCCUAGGGAUUCCAAGGACAACACUAGGGAUUUCAAGGGUGAGAGCCGUGACACCAGGGAACUGUAUCAGAUUCCAAGCGGUAAAGAGAGCAGGGCAGAUGAUAAUAAAGAGCCCAAAUAUGAUAGGGACAGGGAUAGGGACUCUUAUCAUCCCGAGUAUAAGGGUGAUAACUCCAAGAUGGAUAAGGAAGGUUACGGAGCAGAAAAAAGUCACUUCAACUGGAAAGAUCAGAGAGAGCAUCACAGGGUGGGAAAGAGGUAUCCUGAUACCCUGGGUGGAAAUGCUGAUCCUUGGCAUGCUUCGCGUGCUAAUUUGCAUGCCCCGAUUGAGAAGGAGGUCGGGAAGGAGGGCUCAACUACCGAAGAGAGGGAUUACCUUGAGACGCAUGAGGCUGUUGGGGAAAAUAAAGUUGAUUUGAAAGCUGAGGAUAGAUUCAAAGAAAAAGAAAGGAAAAGAAAAGACUUGUUGAAAUAUAGGGAUUGGGGAGAAAGGGAUAACAAAGACAGAAAUGAACGACGGAGCAACUUGCAACUAGGAAGUGGUAGUGGCGAUAACAAAGAAGCAACAAGGGAAGAAAGAGAAGCUGAUCGGUGGGGGGAGAGAAAGGAUCUCUCUAAAGAUAAGGAAAAACCAAGAGAGAGAGAAAAAGAUCAUGUUAAGAGAGAAACAUGGAAUGCAGCUGAGAAAGAAAAUUUUCUCAAUGAGAAAGAAACAAUGGAUAUCUCUGGGAGGACAAUGGAGCAGGAAAACACAAUAUUGGAGCAGAAGAAGCAGAAAGACCAUGAUGGUUGGAGAAGCCUUGACAGGGAGGGUAGAGAAAGGAGAAAAGAAAGAGAUGCUGAUGUAGAUGGAGAGAGACCUGAAAAGCGCCCUAGGUGCUAUGAUAAAGAAUCAGAGGAUGGAUGUGUAGACACUGAAGGUGGUGCAGAAAAGGAAAGGGAAGUAUUCAAUUAUGGAGUUCAGCAACGUAAGCGGAUGCUUCGUCCAAGGGGCAGUCCUCAAGUAGCGAAUCGUGAACCCCGCUUCAGGUCCCGUGCACAAGACAAUGAAGGAUCUCAAGGAAAGUCUGAACUAUCUGCUGUUAUUUAUAAAGUUGGGGAAUGCAUGCAAGAACUGAUGAAAUUGUGGAAGGAGCAUGAUUCUUGUCAACCUGAUAAAAAUGUUAAGAACUCUCAAAAUGGCCCUACCCUGGAAAUUCGGAUACCAGCUGAGCAUAUUACUGCUACAAAUCGGCAGGUUAGAGGUGGCCAGCUAUGGGGUACGGAUGUUUACACAAAUGACUCUGAUCUUGUUGCUGUUCUCAUGCACACCGGUUAUUGUCGCCCAACUGCUUCUCCUCCACCUCCAGCUGUCCAGGAAUUACGUGCGACUGUUAGAGUGUUACCUCCACAGGAUUGCUACAUUUCUACAUUGAGAAAUAAUGUUAGGUCUCGUGCCUGGGGUGCUCCAGUUGGUUGUAGUUAUCGCGUGGAGCGGUGUUGCAUUGUGAAGAAAGGUGGUGGGACAAUUGAUCUUGAACCAUGUUUAACACAUACAUCAACAGUGGAGCCUACUCUUGCUCCAGUGGCAGUGGAGCGUACAAUGACUACAAGGGCUGCAGCUUCGAAUGCUCUGAGGCAACAGAGAUUUGUACGGGAAGUCACAAUCCAAUACAAUCUUUGCAAUGAGCCUUGGAUCAAAUACAGUAUAAGUGUGGUUGCUGACAAGGGCCUGAAGAAGCCCCUUUAUACUUCUGCACGCUUGAAAAAGGGAGAAGUUUUGUACCUGGAGACUCAUUCACGCAGGUAUGAGCUAUGCUUUUCUGGAGAGAAGAUGGUCAAGGCUACACCAUUAAGUCAGACACCUGAUAUGGAGAUCGAGAAAUCUCUCACUCACAGCAUGCACUCUGCUAAUGGUGAGAGAAAUGGUACUAUAGAUGGUGAAAAUGUUCUGCUUGAUGUUUUCCGGUGGUCUUGUUGUAAGAAGCCACUACCACAGAAAGUGAUGCAGUCAAUUGGAAUCCCACUGCCCCUGGAACAUUUGGAGGUGGUGGAAGAGAAUGUUGACUGGGAGGAUGUCCAGUGGUCACCAACUGGCGUUUCUAUAGGUGGAAAAGACUAUCCUCUUGCUCGGGCGCAUUUCAUGUCCCCAAAUUAAGCAGUUGCUGGACUGCAUAAAUAUACGUUGUAUAGGCUCUGUAGUGACCAUUGUCCUGGGUUGUCAAAUGAAUCUUUUAUCUAAAUAUUUUGAAUUUUAUUAGUAAGAAUGAAUGUAGUAGAAGACAUGGUGUGGACAGAAUCUUUGUAAGUACUUUUGAGUUUUAAAUGCUUUUUAGACUUGGACUUGAA